UCCACUCCCAAUUGAAUUCCGCCGAUUCAGAAUUCUUCUUUAUCUAUAAAGUUUUUUUCGUACAGAUUUAUUUUCUAAUUUUUUAUUUUACCUGCAAGACGCAGAAGCUCAACGGUACAGAAAGCAUGGCUGGCAUGGGAAUGGGUCCACCGGUGAGCGAGACACUCGUCGAUGACGUUGACAUCCCUGAAAGUCAGGUUAGAAUACAGCUCAAUCAGCAGCAAACUGGAUGUAGAGUUCAAAUAGCAGACGAGAACAUAGAAAGAAAACGCGAGGAAAUUCAAGAUGGAGACAAAGCGACGGAUGAACUUAGUAUCCUUUGUAUAAAAACAGCAAAACGGGAGAAACCCUCACGUCCAGAAACUGAGCCAAAGUCUGUUGUUGAUUCAAUGCCGUCCUCUUCUAUUGGCGGGCGAGAAGGUGACGCCCUCAAGCGUUUGAAUGAUAGGACUAUUUCCAAAAUCCAAGAUAAUAAAUUGUCAAUGCCAAAAACGCCAGAUCACUAUUGGGAUCUCGACUUUCCUUCUUUAAAUGAACAAUUAGAACGUGGUUAUAUAAUUCAUACAAAUUCACCUCUUUUUAAAAAACAAUGUAACCGGCCUAAACGAUGUCUUUUUAGAGAAUGA